CAUUCAAAUAAAAUUCAAUAAACCGCGCCCCUAAAAAAAUGCCUGGUAUAUAAAUUUUAAGCAAGUGUUGUACAUACACUUGUAAAAAAAAUAUAAAUUGCAAUUACAAGUAAUGUCAGUGUCUGCCAGAGUGUAUUGGUGACGUACAAUUGAUUAAAUUAUCACAAUUACCAUUUAAAUUAAUAGGAAAUAAAAUUUUUUAAAUUGGAAAUUAUUAUAAAUAUCGGCAUUAAUUAUUUAUGAUUUAAAUAAAAUAAAAUAAUUGUGAUAAAGAAAAAAUAGUUUCGUUAAUUUGGGCUUGUCCGCAAGAAUAAAAAUUUGGAGCAAUGCCACUCGUAAACCGACGAAAUAAUAAUAAUUAUUAUUUUAUGAGAGCAAAGUUCAGCAGUAGUUAAAUAUAUAUAAAAAUGUGCCUGAGUUAUUGAGAAAAUAAAAUAUACCAAGAGUUUGUGUCGAGCUAAAAAUAUAUAUAAAUACUCAGGAAUAAUUCUAAGAAAAUUUAAGAAUAGAAUCAUUGAUUAAUGUACAAUACGAUGCCCGCUCCUCCAGCACCGAUAGCAAGUCCCCAGCAGCCUCCGGGUUGUAAGAAAAAAACAGAAACUAAUGAAUCAGAAAAUUUACCACCUUGGGCUAAAAUAACUCUAACGUCAUCUGAGGCUGAGAUUGAAAAGUUGAUUGCCAGACACGCAUUAAAGGAUGCUGAAGUAACGUAUUUUUCUCAAGUCGAGCCGAUUCUGCAGGAUGGCCCACAAUGCGGACUGGUUGCUCUGGCAAUGGCAUCCCAAGAAUACACCAAGCCAGUGUCUGUAACUCAGCUAUUAGCAGAAGCACGUGUGCGUGGUUUUACUCAGCAUGGCGAGGUUUAUAGCGUUGACUUUAUGGGAACAUUAGCCGCUGAAUAUUUACCAGACCAUCGGCCAGAUGUACUUGUCGAUUUACAAACAUGUCCUGAUACCUUGACUCACGCACUAGCACACGGAGCUAUGGUGCUUAUUCCAUAUGACUCUGAUUUUAAUCAUGCGCCGUGUUUGAAGAGAGGACAUAAAGCUCAUUGGGCUCUUCUAGUUGGCUUGAUAUCUUCACGACAAGGCUAUUAUGUACUGGCAAGACAUGGCAAGUCACGGCAUUUAGCUUGCUGGCCGUUGAGAGAUUUAAUUGAGAGUAAUGGGAAUUUAGAGGAAGAAGGCACCGCAAGGCAUGCGGGUGGUUACGUAAUUCCGAAAGGAGGUGUAGGUGGACAAAGAGGCCUCCGCGGUCGUGCUCUGGCUCUACAUCCGUAUGUAUGAAACAAUGUUAAUAUGAUGCGUCAUACAAGUGCUCGUUAUCAUCGUGGGAAAUAAAUCUCGACGCAUCAGUAGUGAGUAGCCAUCAUUGAAAUCUGUAAUUUUGCUUCAACUACGAUAAAAAAAAAAAUAAAACAAACCAAAUAACAUUGAAGAAAUAUAAGAAGAGAUAUUUAAUUAUUGUAAUACUUAUUGUCAUUUCUUAAUAAUAAGAAAUGAAUUUUAUGUACUUUUUCUCUCACUAUUUAAUAUUUAAUGUCUUUAUGUAUAUAAAUUUGGUGUAACGAGAUUUAUCGAGCUUGUGCAAUUUUGAAUGAGCGUACUUCGCUCUAAUUUUUAUUAUUUUUAUUUAUAUAUUUAUUGAUGCAUUUGUUAUUUUAAAAAAAGCAUUAUUUUAUUUACAUUUAUCUUUUUAAUUAUGUACUAAAUGUUAUAUUGGUUUUUUUAUUUGACAAUCGCGAAUUCACUGCGAUAUCGAGACAAAAAAUUGACUGUCAUAGAUAUUUGAUUAUCUACCGAAAAAAAUAUAAAGUAGUUGAAAUGAUGAAUAUUGAAUUGUCUUGGUAACAGUGAUGUGUCAUUGAAUAUAGAUCAAAUUUUAUCAUAAAAAUUUAUUUUAUUUUGUGUUCAAUGUAACUGUUAAUUUAAUCUUACUGAUGAUAAUUUUAAAAAUUAUACUGAUAUUAUAUAACUACACUAUCUAUUUUUAUUUUUUAAAAUAUGUUUUUUUAAUGAUUAUUUAUGA